AUGUUCAUGCCAAUAGACCGCUUCACGGCGUGGGAGCACAAGCGGCGCAACUUGCUGCUCUGGUUCUGCAGGCCGGCUCCCCCCGCCGAUCCCACCUCGGUCCUCGCGGCCCACUUGCCACCCGAGAAGCGCAUCACGGCGGUCUGCAUCUCAGACACGCACAACACGCAGCCUGACAUCCCGGACGGCGACGUGCUUUUCCACUCGGGAGAUCUCACCUCGUUCGGCACUGCGGCCGAGCUGCAAGCCCAGCUCGACUGGCUCGCGUCCCUACCGCACCGGUACAAGGUGGUCAUCCCUGGCAACCACGACAAGGUGCUCGACGAGACGUUUGUCGAACCCCGGCGAGACCUCGGCAAGCGGGAAGACCUCAACUGGCACGACCUCACGUACCUCCUCUACUCAUCGGUGACGCUCGAGUUCCCAGACCAAGCGCGCUCGCUCAAGGUCUACGGCGACCCGCUGACCCCGGCAUAUGGCGGCUGGGCGUUCCAGCACCGGCGCAAGGAGGAUACCUGGAGGAACACGGUGCCUGCUGGCACGGACGUGCUGCUGUCGCACGGUCCGCCCCUCGGUCACCUCGACGACGGCAAGGGAAGCCCAUGGCUGCUGCGAGAGCUGCGGCGCGCCCGACCCCGCCUCCUCGUCUUUGGCCACAUCCACGAGUCGCGCGGCACCGAGGUCCUCGACCACUCUGACUGGGAUGCGUGGGCGAGGGACCGGCUCAACCAGCCCACGACACCAGGUAUCCUCGAAGUGGUGGCUACAGUUGUCGUGCUCCUCGUCGGGCGGAUAUACUCUGCGGUGGUUGGCAGGCGGGCGCCGCAGAACACUGUCCUCGUCAAUGCCGCCUCGAUGGGGCGGAUGGGUCUGCGGGAUAAUCCAAGCGAGGCGGCUGGGACUGUCAUCUAUAUCUGA